AUGGCACGAAUUAUAGCCACCAGUGAACCACCAUCAAAUAACGCUGAAUCACCCCUUUCAGACUUUGGUACCUAUCCUGCUCUUCAUCACCUUUCAAUGGCUGCUGCUCAGAGGUAUACUGCAGACAUUAACGGCUUGAUAAGCACCAAAAUUCCACACUUCAGAAUCAUAGUUCGUGUCCUGUCAAUCUGGAAGGUGUACAUGAAGGCAGAUCAGAAAGAAAUCAAGUCACUUGAACUCAUAUUCAUUGAUGCUCAGGGUGGAAAAAUUCAGGCUACCAUCCCUAAAAGCUUUAUGGACAGUUUUAUCAACUACUUCGAAGAAGGCUGUGUUCGGCAAAUAGCAUGUUUUCAUCAUGCUUUGAACAUUGUUGAUGUUAUUGGACAUGUUAUUGGUGAACCAAGAGUCUAUUAUCCAAAUAAGCUAAAUGAGCUUAAAGGAAAAAAGUGUUUGUUCAAGCUUGAUGUUUCACACAAAAUAAAAAAUAAGCAAAUUGAAAUAGAUGCAGAAACCAGUACUGAAUUUGGGCUCAAUAUGACCCAAACAGAUGACAGUACUGCAAAGACUGCUGUAUCAUGUACUGAGGAUGUUAAUAUCCAGAAUGCUGAUGUUGGAACUCCUCUGGAAGAUACUGCUGAUAGUCCCCCACCAAAGAAGACUAAAUCUACUCAGGACCCUGAGAGUGUCAAAUCCCACCAGAACAAGUGUGUCAGGAAAAUCUAA